GAAAACGUACACAUCAUUGUAUAAAUGACACAUGUGAGGUUAACAAGUCGAAAUUGUAAUUUUUGAGAUUAUAUUAGAUCUUAGAAUGUCCGAAUUUGAGUCCCUUGAACCUUCUCUUAAAAAUAUUAUUGACCAAACAACUCUAAAAUGGAUUUUUGUGGGAGGAAAAGGUGGUGUGGGUAAAACAACUUGCAGUUGUAGUUUGGCCGUGCAGUUGUCGAAAGUAAGAGAAUCAGUACUAAUCAUAUCCACUGACCCAGCGCACAAUAUAUCAGAUGCUUUUGACCAAAAGUUCACAAAAGUGCCAACUUUAGUAAAGGGUUUCACGAAUCUCUAUGCAAUGGAAAUUGAUCCAAACGUAGGUUUCAACGAGCUUCCUGACGAGUACUUUGACGGAGAACCAGAAGCAAUGAGAAUGAGUAAAGGGAUUAUUCAGGAAAUAAUCGGAGCCUUCCCUGGUAUAGAUGAAGCUAUGAGUUAUGCAGAAGUGAUGAAACUCAUCAAAAGCAUGAAUUUCGCAACUGUGGUGUUUGAUACAGCACCCACUGGUCACACAUUAAGACUCCUUUCAUUCCCACAAGUAGUGGAAAAAGGUUUAGGAAAAUUGUUGAGAUUAAAGUUAAAGAUUUCACCUCUAGUCUCACAAAUUAGUGGUCUUUUGGGAAUACAAGAUUUUAACGCUGAUACUUUAUCAUCCAAAAUGGAAGAAAUGUUAUCGGUCAUUAAACAAGUUAAUGAGCAGUUUAAAAAUCCCGAUCAGACAACUUUUGUGUGUGUUUGUAUUGCUGAAUUCUUAUCACUUUAUGAAACUGAAAGACUUGUGCAAGAAUUGACCAAGUGCAAAAUUGAUACUCAUAAUAUAAUUGUAAAUCAAUUGUUGUUCAAAAAACCCGACGAAAAUCCGUGUAAAAUGUGCGUGGCAAGAUUUCGCAUUCAAGAAAAAUAUUUAGAUCAAAUCAAUGAUCUAUAUGAAGAUUUCCAUGUCACAAAACUACCGCUUCUCGAAAAAGAAGUCCGAGGAGCUGACAACGUCAAAGCCUUCUCAAAAUAUCUAAUUCAUCCUUACACUCUGCAAUAAGCCAUGUAUUUUUAUAAAUAUAACAAUGUUGGUGGUGUAUAUAAAUUAAA